AUGAACGUCAACAGACUCGUCGUCCUGUCGAGAGCUGUUGGGGUCGGAAAGCGGUUGCUCGCCGCUAAUGUGAGGCAUGCCGGGAAAGAAGUUCAGCGGAGGUCCAUUAAGACUCACGCGAGAAACCUCGCCUACGCUAAGGAUUUGUUCCUUGGUCAGGUGAACAAGGCUGAGGUGUUCCCUUAUCCAGAAAUUGGAAAUGAAGAACUGGAGGAGAUCAACCAACUUGUUGCACCGGUGGAAAGAUUCUUCAGUGAGGAAGUUGACUCAGCGAAGAUUGACCAUGAAGCCAAAAUCCCUCCGGAGACUUUGAAUGGGUUGAAGGAGCUCGGGCUGUUUGGAAUCAUGAUUCCUGAGGAGUAUGGGGGUCUCGGAUUGUCCAACACCAUGUAUGCACGACUGGCAGAGAUCAUUUCAUUGGAUGGCUCUAUUGCUGUAACGCUGGCGGCACAUCAAGCCAUUGGGCUGAAGGGGAUUCUGAUAGCAGGGAAUGAAGCCCAGAAGCAGAAGUAUCUUCCCAAACUGGCCUCCGGAGAACACAUUGCAGCUUUCUGCCUGACAGAGCCUGGAAGUGGAAGCGAUGCGGCCUCCAUUCAGACCCGCGCAACCCUGUCAGAAGAUGGGAAACAUUACCUGAUCAACGGCUCCAAGAUUUGGAUUUCAAACGGAGGGAUGGCAGAUAUCAUGACAGUGUUUGCCAGGACAGAGGUGACCGUAGAUGGCGUGAAGAAAGAUAAGAUUUCGGCAUUUAUCGUGGAGAGGGCCUUUGGGGGCAUCACCAGCGGCAAGCCUGAAGACAAACUGGGCAUCAGGGGCUCCAACACUUGUGAAGUGUCCUUCGACAACGUCCCAGUGCCACUGGAGAAUGUAAUAGGAGAAAUAGGUGGUGGGUUCAAGAUUGCCAUGAACAUCCUGAACUCUGGGAGGUUCAGUAUGGGGAGUUCUUCAGCUGGAAUGAUAAAAAAACUGAUAGAAAUGACCUCCGACUACGCUGCAACCCGGAAGCAGUUUAACAAAAGCCUGAGUGAAUUUGGUAUGAUUCAGGAGAAGUUUGCUAUGAUGGCCCUCAAUGUCUUUGUGAUGGAGAGCAUGGCGUACCUGACAGCGGGGAUGAUGGACAGGCCGGGGCUUCCAGACUGUUCUGUAGAGGCCGCCAUGGUCAAGGUGUUCAGCUCAGAGGGAGGCUGGAUUUGUGUCAGUGAAGCUCUUCAGGUCCUCGGAGGUCUGGGUUACACUAAGAAUUACCCCUAUGAGCGCUACGUCAGGGACUGUCGCAUCCUGCCUAUCUUUGAGGGGACCAAUGAAAUCCUGAGGAUGUACAUUGCUCUCACUGGAAUGCAGUAUGCUGGCAAAGUAAUCACAGGGAAAAUAAAGGAGAUGAAGAAAGGAAAUAUAGGUGUUGCUUUGGGCAUGGUAGGCAAGAAACUGAGGAACUCCUUUGGAAGUUCGGUUGACCUUGGCCUGACAGGAAAAGAUGGCGUGGUACAUCCCAGCCUGGCAGAAAGUGCAAAGAAGUUAGAGCAGAAUGUCAGCCUUUUUGGAUCGACUGUGGAGAGCCUGCUGUACAGAUAUGGAAAGACCAUAGUGGACGAACAGCUCAUCCUGAAGAGAGUAGCAGAUGUGCUGAUCAACCUCUAUGCCAUGACAGCUGUCCUGUCCAGAGCAAGCCGCUCCAUCAGCAUUGGCCUCAGGAACCAUGACCAUGAGGUGCUGCUCGCAAACACAUUCUGCGGCGACGCUUUCUUCAAGAACAAUUACAUGAUGACUCAGUUGCAAAAACACUCUCCUGAGAACAAUGAUGCCAACAUCAAGAAGAUUGCCAGGGAGGUCUUGGAGAACAGAGCCUACAUCUGCUCUCAUCCUCUUGAAAGAACAUACUGACCUCUCCCAUGUGACCACAAUACUGUGUCUCUGGAUUGGACAAUAUGAGCAACUCAGUUCACAGUCUCAAUGAAUUGCAUUUGCUCUUCUAUUAGUCCUUACUUUGUCAUUACUUUGAAAUUAUUUCAACAUUAAAUUAAGAGAUUUAUGUUAAUA